AUGGAAAGAAAAGCUCUGAGGAAGGACAUCGAGAAGGACAACGCGGGCCAGGUGACCCUGGUGCCCGAGGAGCCCGAGGACAUGUGGCACACGUACAACCUGGUGCAGGUGGGCGACAGCGUGGUGGAGGCCAUCGACUUCGACUCGCAGGCCUGCCAGCUGCGGGUGCGGGGCACCAACCUCCAGGAGAACGAGUACGUGAAGAUGGGCGCCUACCACACCAUCGAGCUGGAGCCCAACCGCCAGUUCACGCUGGCCAAGAAGCAGUGGGACAGCGUGGUGCUGGCGCGCAUCGAGCAGGCCUGCGACCCCGCCUGGAGCGCCGACGUGGCGGCCGUGGUCAUGCAGGAGGGCCUGGCGCACGUCUGCCUGGUCACGCCCAGCAUGACCCUGACCCGCGCCAAGGUGGAGGUGAGCAUCCCCCGCAAGCGCCGCGGCAACUGCAGCCAGCACGACCGCGCGCUGGAGCGCUUCUACGAGCAGGUGGUGCAGGCCGUGCAGCGCCACAUCCACUUCGACGUGGUCAAGUGCGUCCUGGUGGCCAGCCCGGGCUUCGUGCGGGAGCAGUUCUGCGACUACAUGUUCCAGCAGGCGGUGAAGACGGACAACAAGGUGCUGCUGGAGAACCGGUCCAAGUUCCUGCAGGUCCACGCCUCCUCCGGACACAAGUACUCCCUGAAGGAGGUGCUGUGUGACCCCACGGUGGCCAGCCGCCUGUCGGACACGAAAGCUGCCGGGGAGGUGAAGGCCCUGGACGACUUCUACAAGAUGCUGCAGCACGAGCCCGACCGCGCCUGCUACGGACUCAAGCACGUGGAGAAAGCCAACGAGGCCACGGCCAUCGACACGCUGCUCAUCAGCGACGAGCUCUUCCGGCACCAGGAGGUGGCCGCCCGGAGCCGGUACGUGCGGCUGGUGGACAGCGUGAAGGAGAACGCGGGCACCGUGCGCAUCUUCUCCAGCCUGCACGUGUCCGGGGAGCAGCUCAGCCAACUGACGGGGGUCGCCGCCAUCCUCCGCUUCCCCGUGCCCGAGCUCUCCGACCAGGAGGAUUCCAGCUCGGAAGAAGAUUGACGAGGGGACUGGCCCUCGGACAGCCGGUGCCCCCGCCCACGGCCGCCUCUUCUCAGCAGCCUCGUGCCGGAAGCUGCCGGAGCAGCAGGUGUGAUGCUCGCAGGGGUCACACCAGGGGUUUUGUGGCUGGCGGGACAUGUAUUUAAAACUGAACAAUAAAUUAAAAGGGAAUGAUCUCCAUGCACUACCACUUUUAUUAAUGAGGGUCAUUGUACUUCGGAAUCAUGAGUUGUGGGCUGUACGCAGAAACACUGUGUGUAUUUAAUAAGAGUCCCUGUGUAUUCUUCGGGAGAGAUCAAGUCCCGUAGUUCAUGCUUUGAAACAGUUUUCCUUAGGAAAAGCUCUUCUCAUUUCAUUUUCCUCAUUUACGUUGUUUGUUUGGUUUCUGCCUGGUGGUCUUGCUCUGUGUGCUUAGUGAUCCGUUUCUCCCCAUUUUCCCUGCAGACCUUUUUUUAAAAAAGUCACGUGCUAUUUUCAGUGAUAGCCAAAUAGUAGACUUUUUUGAAGGCAAAUUUAACGUGUUUUUUCCCUUAAGAGACUUGUUAAACCAAUCAUGUUGAAACAACUCUGGGAUUUUCUUUAAUUAGAAUUAAUCAUAGUUGCUUUGAGGACCGCUUAGCUAGUUCUUUUUGGAUCAUAGAGCUUUGGUCUGCUAGGGACUCAAGGUCAUCUCUUUGAGGUGCCCUUUUUCAGAUGAGACUGUGGGUCGGAUUUGCUGUUAGGUGGCUAAUCGGUGGCAAAGUAGGAAGGUAACCCCCAGUCCGGACCCAUUUGUUUGCACUGCCGCACUGUGUAUGUAUUUGUUGGCCGGUCGUAGUUACACUUAAUGCUAUUUCUGUGUGUUUUCACGUUAUUACUGGACUUUCUCUACAUCCUAUUACUUUUUUUUGAUGUCCAUUUCUAAUCAUUAAGGAGGGGGCCUUGUUGAAAUUGCAGCUUGACCCUUUACAAUCCUCAGCUUAUCAAUAAUUAGGAACAGCCUUAUGAAGAAAGAGUGACAAUUCACUUGUAACCCAGGAUCAAUGUUCCUGCCUCAAGUAGGGAUGGGUACUAACUAAACUUUUUGAUUCUCCUUUCUGGUCUGGGUCUUUCUACUGGUGUGAGUACCAGGUUUGGGAAUUAUUUUUUAUAAACUUCCCAGCUCAUCUGAGCUUUUUAUUUGUAAAAAGGAACAGAUACCUCCAUAGGCAUUAAAUUCACUUUUUUACACAUCUACAUCCUCAUCUAAAAAUAAGUCAGAUUGUCGUUUCAUUAAAACUCCAUGAAUAUUUAACUUUAUAUUAGAAGUAUGUUAUUAAAUCAUGUAGUAGAGGUAUGUAAAUGAAGCCACCAAGAUUAUGAACUUUAGAACCUGAUUGACAAUGAAUCGUACUCCCAGGAUGUGGAGGUUUGGGGCACCUGUUACUCUCAUAAUCUGUGCAGUACUGGUCAUUCUGGGCUGUUCUCCCCAGUAAUAGAAACCAGGGGAAAGAAGGCCUGAUAAUCCAACCGAUCCGUCUGAGGCCACAGCUUCUCGAAUGUGGCUGCUUGGGAGUUUUGGAGACUCAGUACCCAGACCAGACCUUUCACCAGGGGAAAUUCUGUUUGUUUUUUUUAAAGCUUUCCAGGCAAUUCCAAUAGACCUCAAGGCUGAGAGCCACUGACUCAGGCCUUGCCAUUCACGUGUGUCCAUGGGCCAGUGGCAUCUCCUGAGAAAGUUCCAGAAAUGAGAAUCCAGGUCUCUGCCCGACACCUACCUCUACUGAGUUGCAAUCCACUUUAAGGAUAUCUCCAGUUGGUUGCCGUGCGUAACUAUAAAACUUCUUUAACAGAAAGCAUGUUUUUAUGUCUAUAAAGUUCUUAAAAUAUCCAUAAGAAUUCCUAUUUUUUUAAAGUUACACUUUAUACCAUUAUCAAGAAUAUGAAUUUUCCUAGAUGCAUAGGUAGAAAUGUCAAAAUAGUGAUAGGAGCAUAUAAAAUAAAAAGUCUAAUCAUUUUUAAAUCAUAUUCUCUGAAGAGCAGAAUGAACCAUAAUUCUUUGGAAACUGCUCAGUAGUCUAAUUCCAGCUGCUGUUCAUGAGUGAGGGAAGACCACGUGGUAACGAUGGAAGCACUACAGUGACGCCUCCAACAUAGUGUGUGUUCUGUCGAUUCCCACUCGCCGUCCGGUACUUGUAAACAAGGAUUGGGUGCCCCCUCUAGGCACAGCGAAUGAGACGCUUGCAAAUUUGUUUCGUCCUCCUCUGGGUCUGAUACAUAUCGAGUGGCAUUUUGCUGUUCCUGGUCGGCUAUUUAUAUGUUACACGUUUUUCUAAUUUCAUGUCCGGGUUCUAGACUGGGUUUCCCUUGCGUUACUCCUUUAGGGACCCGGCGGGCCUCCCUCCUCCGGUGUCGUUUGCUUUCCUAAGCCUUUGGCCCAGUUCUGUCAACCUCAGGUUCUCUUUACCAGAAGUGAGUCGUCAUUUCUGCAAUUCAGGCAUUCUGGAACUGAAAUUCUCUUUGUUGCUGACAAUAAAAGUCCACAGAUGAAA